AUGCCACCAACCCCAUCACAAGCACAACCAACGUACACGCUUGUUAACAAUUUUGAAGUUGUUGGACCUCUUAAGGAAUACAUCAACUAUUGUAAGCAAAAUUCUGAAAGAAAAGGAUUCUUUGUCAAAAGCGAGACCCACCACCUACUCGCCUCGAAAAGCAUUAUUUUACCCAGGACAAAGACUAAAGAAUAUGAAUCGAAAGCUGUGGUUGAUGAUAGCAUCCAUGCUGAAUUAACAAAACUUACAAGAGGUGUUGACGGCAAAUCAAACAGAUUUACCUUAAAAAAAGAGUUAGCAAAGAUGUACGGCAAAGUUACUGAAGAUGACCAAAUAAUUCUCGAUAUUUAUUUCAACUGCCUUAAUAAAUUGUCAAACUUUAAAAAGACUGAAGAAAUUAGCGAAAUGGAGCUCACGACUAACUACGUUGACCCUGUGCUCUCACCCAAAUUCCACAGUCCGGAAAACAACAAGCAUCUAAUAUGGCUAAACAGAAAAGAAGAUAAUACCGAACAUCUCCGCCCCGAUGCUAUGAUGAAGCGUUUUCAUAGAAAAUUAUUUGGUACAACUCUUGGAUAUUGUGAAGUCAAGCCCCCAGAUGCCCAAAAGGACGUUGAUAGUUUAUGCACUGACCUGAUCCGUUUGGCGAUUCUCUCUAGAAAGUUAAUGUUAAGAAAAGCCAAUCAUGUAGUCUGUUCUUUACAAGCAGUUGGUAAGAAAUUUAAUAUACGAAAUUUCCCCCGACAUAACCAUCAUGAAUGA